GGGGAGCAGCUGCUGCCGCACCGCGCUCCGCCGCCCGCCGCGCCCCGCCGACGCCAUGGCAUCUGGAGUACAAGUUGCCGAUGAGGUAUGCCGUAUCUUCUAUGACAUGAAAGUGCGGAAGUGCUCUACGCCUGAGGAAAUUAAGAAGAGGAAGAAGGCUGUCAUCUUCUGCCUCAGUCCAGACAAAAAGUGCAUUAUUGUGGAAGAAGGCAAAGAGAUUCUGGUGGGAGACGUCGGUGUGACGGUUACCGACCCUUUCAAGCACUUUGUGCAGAUGCUUCCUGAGAAGGAUUGCCGUUAUGCCUUGUACGAUGCAAGCUUCGAGACCAAGGAAUCCAAAAAAGAAGAGCUGAUGUUUUUCUUGUGGGCACCAGAACAAGCACCUCUUAAAAGUAAGAUGAUCUACGCAAGCUCCAAGGAUGCAAUCAAAAAGAAGUUUCAAGGCAUAAAGCAUGAAUGCCAAGCAAAUGGGCCAGAGGACCUCAACCGAGCUUGCAUUGCUGAGAAGCUAGGAGGCUCCCUAGUCGUAGCUUUUGAAGGAAGUCCCGUGUAGAUGUCAUACAGUGCCACAACUCUACAAGCAUUCCAUGUUUUAAUAUAUCAGUUAUGUAAACAACCAUUCUAGGCAAGGGUUUCACUAACUGUAGGGAAGCUGUCUUGUAGAAUAAAGUAGAUUUUGGAGAUGUAGCUCGUAUGUACAAAUGACCCUAAAUAAAUAAAAUCUAAGGAUUUA